AACGACUUUAAAAAUCAAAACCUGAGUUAAAGCUGUGUUCGUCAAUAUUAAAGAAUAGAUUCAAAGAGCCUCUGGUAAAAGUAUCUAAAGCUAUCAUCCCUUUUUUGAUGAGUGGCAACAGAAAAGACGAUUGCUUGUAUAUUGGUGGACAUCAAAAACUAUCGAAACAUCUUACCAAGGCGAAGUUAGUUCAGUUUGUCUUAGACUAGAGGAUAAUUCCCAAAUAUUUCUUGAAAAAGAAGACGAGCAGCCGUUACUAAGUUCGACUGCAAGUCAAAACCUUGUGAGGAGGAAGAUUGGAAGUCACUUGCAGCUGAAUUUAAAAGUAAUUAUUCAUUACGAACUGGCCAACUAAAGCGACUUAAAUCAUCUUCACUGUUUGAAGUGCAAAUAGUGUCUGAAAUAAAAACGACAAAUUCGCUCAGAACUGUAUGUGUUCUCGGAUUCCAAACACCUUUUAUACGUUGAUUACAAGCCAAGAUUAGUUUUUGGUUAUCAUCGAGCUGCUGGGAGAUCAGAGAAUUAAAUGUGGAAAUGCAUUAAGGAAAUGCAUGCCCUCGGGUUGCAAGAAGAAGAGAACCAACCGAGGCCCUUACGAUAUGAUUAUUUUCAGUUGAAUUAACUCUUUGCCUUUUCGAUUAUCGCCACAACCAACGACAAAUAGUCUUGACAGAGGUGAUGAUACUGCGAUAUAGACAAGAAAGGUGCAUUUGGUUAUUCUCAUUACCAGCGUUGUGUUUUAUUCCUACGCUGUGAUACUAAUCAGAGAAAAGAGGAAAAUGAACUGAAAUCGUGAAGUUUCAGAAGAAUCCAGAAUCGCCUUCGGGUAUAAACGAUGAAUUUAAUUCGAGAGAAUUCAGAUUGGUUUUAGUUAUUAAUGAUAUUAAUGAUACUUUAACAGAAGUAUCGCUAAACUAAGAGCUUCAGACGAGUAGAGCAUAAAACAGUCUGAGAAGAUACUUGACGAGCUCCUUAGCACUGAGAAAAGUCAAGACGCUGAUCAGGAUUUUAUCUACGAAUUUAUUACCAAGUAACAAGGAAUUCCCCCAAACAAAUCAGAAGAAAGAAAGGCGUUAGGGAAAACGCAAAAAGCAAGUUGAACAGGUUAUUUUCUUGGUCAGAUCGUAUCAGUUAUAAAAGCCUGAUUCCUGCCAUGAAUGUUAGCGCUGGACUUGCACCAUUUAACACUGUUUUCUCGGAUGAUAUUCACGGGCGUCGCGGUAGUUGGGCUUCAACUGCAAGCGUUAACGAAACUUCUUUCGGCACUUAUGGAGGUCUGGACCACGUAGACCAAGCGAUCAAACGACGGCAAAGUCUUUCUGUGCACGCUUACCGCGCACGCGCAGGAUCGAUUUGUCAGGUGUUGCCUACUCGGGUCGAGCGUAAGAAAAGUGAAUCGGAACCUUCUGAUGUGUCUACAAGAACAAAAAUACGAAUCAACGUAAGAGGGAAGAAGUACGAAACCUUUAAGUCUACUCUUGAACAAUUCCCUGACACACUUCUAGGUUCGUACGGAGGACGCUGCCGAUUUUACGAUUCUUUAAACGAGGAACUUUGUUUUAAUAGAGACCCAAACUCCUUUGAUGCAAUUCUUUUUUUCUACCAAUCAGGUGGAAGCAUAUUAGCCAGACCAUCUUCAGUUGAUGAAGAUUUGUUUGCAGAUGAGGUUAAAUUUUUUGGGUUAUUGGAAGAAACAGAAGAACUGGCUGAAAGUCUGAGCUCUGUACAGGAAGAAAAUUUUACAGGGAAUUUCGUGAAUCUGAGGAGAAAAAUGUGGAAUAUUUUUGAAAAAAACCCAGCAAGUUGCCGUUAUGGGAAAGCGUUUGCACGAAUUACAAUGUUCAUUAUUUUGCUUUCUGUGGUAGCAUUUUGCUUAGAAACCGUACCAGCAUUGCAAAAACUGCCAAUAGAAAAUGAUUCUAACGGUUCAGAAAGCCCGUCAAAUGAUGAGCAAAGUAACAACAGUUUGAAUAAAACAAACAACAGAACUAAAGAAACCAUACAGGUGUCUUCAAGUUUCGAUGACGACAAAAAGCCUGAUCAGCGGUAUCGGAAGUUCUGGUUCUACGCAGAUACAGUUUUUGUGGUGUUCUUUACUGCAGAAUACAUCGCUCGGGUGUUUUCGUCUCCUGACAGACUAAGAUUCAUCAGAUCAUUUCUGUCCAUGGUGGAUUUUUGUGCCAUUGCUCCAUACUACAUUUCCCACAUAGCCGAGGCGGGUAAAUUUUAUAACAUUAAAUCAUUCAACGUUAUUCGUGGCAUACGUCUUUUCCGAGUCGUGCGUCUGCUUAAACUAUCUCGUCAUAGUAGUGGGCUGAAAAUUUUGGGUCGUGCAUUGUAUCAAAGCCGUGCCAAAAUGGUAUCUUUGAUAUGCUGUAUCGUCAUGGCCAUUGUCUUUUAUUCAGGCUUGAUGUACUAUAUUGAAGGAUACGAGGAAGUUUCGAAUUUUGAAAGCAUCCCACAUACCUUCUGGUGGGCGAUCGUUACAAUGUCUACUGUAGGAUACGGGGAUAUAGUUCCUAAGAGCUUUGCUGGAAAGCUUGUUGGUACGUGUUGUGCACUAACAGGCAUUAUUCUAUUGUUUAUUUUGCCCAUACCUUCAUUCGUGACAGACUUUAGCAAACUGUACGAAAGAUGGCUGCGAAAAAGAAAAAGCCCUAAUAAACAGAAAGGAAGGAUAAAGAUUGAAGUAUCAACAUGGGAAUGAAAAAAAUAUAGCCUUCACAUUAAUUCUGCGAUAAAACAUUGUUGAUAUGAUAUACACAAAUUUUGUAUUAGAUAGCGAAAUUACUGAUGUCAUAAAGUUAAACAUUCAAAUAUAUAAACAUGAAAAAAUGUAAGAUGGAAAUAUUUAUUUGAUCGUACUACACAUAGAAUAUUAAUCAAAUGAGUAACUGAAAUAUGUCUCAUGAUGCCGCUUUGUUUGGAAUAUAAUUUAAGGAAGGAAGGAAGGAAGGAAGGAAGGAA